AGCCUUUCAGCUCAGCUCGAGGGGUGGUGCGGCGCCCCCCCCCCGCCCCUGCGCCCGCGGCAAUGGCGGACUCGAGCGAGAUGCCUCCAGUGCCCUCGGGCAUGAGGGCGCCCAAUCGCGAGGAGAUGGAGACGUUUCUCAGGGAGGGCAUCGCGAUGAUGCGGCGGCAGGACACCAGGGACCUGCUGAAGAGCAAGUCCUGCACGGCCCCGGGGCUUAAGCUGAUAGAGCUGCAGAGGGCAGGGUGGGACAAGCUCGGUAUAGACCAGGACAUAGGCUGUUCCUACUUGGAGAACGUGGAGAAGGUCUGUCCAGGCGACUCGGAACUGAUACUGCUGCGGUCCGACUUCGUGCGGGAGGCGCAGAGAAGCUUCAUCCGGGCUCUGGAGGACAAGAGACCUGCGAAGCUAGAGACCAAGAAGAAGAUGCCCCGGGAGGUGAUCAUCGCAUUCUUCGAUUCCUGCAACACGAAGAUGGACUUGCCGGAGACACAUCUGCGGCUGAAGAAGCACAUAGAGAAGACCGGCAAGAUGCCGAACACGGUCAUCAUCGAGAUGCAGAGGGACAUGCUGGAGGUCCACGGGUGGGAGCGGGAUCACGGUUGCAACAUGUUGUCCAACAUCUCCAAGGACUUCCCCAACGACCAGGAGCUGUUCGGCCGCUUCGAGGGCUGGAGGCAGAAGGCCACGCAGACUUGCAUGACCGUGAUCAAGAAACAUCAGGUGGCCGGCGGCGGCAUGCCCGCGGGGUUGAUGGAGGCGAACCCCGAGAUGGAAAAGCUCCAGGA